AUGACGAUGAGUAUCCUCGCCGACUGGAUGCCUUUGGUCCCACUCACGGACAAGGAAUUUUAUGGCACAGGAGUCAGUAUCAAAAAAGAGCUCAGCGAAGAUAUUUCCGAGGAUACUUGUAUUGAAAUUAAGGAAGAACAAUUUGAUUAUGCAGGUAAAGAGAGAGAUGAAGUGAGUGAAGAGAAAGUGAUAUAUGAAUCUCUUCUCUUUCAUAAUCUUCUUGAACUAAGACAUGAAGGAAAUGCAAAGAACAUGUAUAAUUUGGUUCAGGAUCGCAAAGGCUCGUUUGUUGUUGUUGAGAAUUGUCUGAAUAAGAAUUCAUCAAAUGGCGAUCAGGUGAUGCAUAAGGAAAGUCUUAAGCAAGGUACACAACCAAAAGUGGAAGCUAAAUUGAAAAGAUUUGUAUGUGAGGUAUGUGGCAAGAAAUUUCCUCAUAAGGGAUAUAUCAACAUUCAUAUAAGAGUUCACACAAAAGAGAAGCCAUUCAGCUGUGAGAUUUGCAAUAAGGCUUUCUCUAAGAAAGGUACUCUAGUACAGCACAUGAGAGUACAUACAAAAGAGAAGCCAUUCAGUUGUGAGAUUUGCAGCAAGGCCUUCUCUGAUAAAGGUACUCUAGUAAAGCAACUGAGAGUGCAUACAAAGGAGAAACCAUACAGCUGUGAGAUUUGCAGGAAUACCUUCUCUCAGAAAGGCAGUCUAGAAAGGCACAUGGAAAUCCAUACAAAGGAGAAGCCAUUCAGUUGUGAGAUUUGCAGCAAGGCCUUCUCUGUGAAAGAUACUCUAAUAAAGCACAUAAGAGUACAUACAAAGGAGAAGCCGUUCCGCUGUGAGAUUUGCAGCAAGGCCUUCUCUCAGAAAGGUCAUCUAGUACAGCACACGAGAGUACAUACAAAGGAGAAGCCAUUCAGCUGUGAGAUUUGCAACAAGACCUUCUCUGAGAAAAAUACCCUGGUGCGUCACAUGAGGGUACAUAUAAAAGGGAAACCGUACAGCUGUGAGAUCUGCAACAAGGCCUUCUCUGAUAAAAGUACUCUAGUAGGGCACAUGAGAGUACAUACAAAGGAGAAGCCAUUCAGCUUCUCCACGAAGAAAUAA